CUUCCGUCGAGGUCAAAAUAGACGGAAGUUGUGUUGCCUUGAACAUUGACCUUACCAUUACGACGUGAAGCAAAGUGCGAGCUUAACAGCUGCGUUCAAUAAAACAGUGAGUCAAAAAUAUUUGUGCAGUUUAAAAGAACGAUGGCGUCGUGUGAGCAGCGACAGUGUCGAGUAAUACGGGAGACCAAGCGACCACAACAACAGGACGCCAUUACCUUGACUCCGAUUCCGAUUGUGUUGCACAUGCAAGACGUCCAGCGGAUGAUUAGUCGUCAUGAAGAACUUCUUCCACAAUUACAAAGGGAGAGUUCCAGUUUGGAGCAUCCACAGACUCAUCAUGUUAAAGAGCAUGAGAAGGCUCCACAGCCCCCCCAGGUCAAAGAGGAAGAGCAGGAGUUUGAUGUGAGCGAGUUGCCGCUGAACAUUAUUGUUGUAAAGGUCGAGGACGACAUUGAUGAGCCAACAAAGUCGUCCCAGCUUGUGCAUCACAGUCCAAGUGGAGACCAAUGUGGAGGUGCAGCACCUGACAACAUCAUAGGACCAGCGUCAGACAGCGACGGCACGGGGGAACAUUUGAGUAGUGACGCAGACUGUGCAGGUGACAUCAAAUACUCAAAAAGCUGUGGAAAGAAGACAAUUUCAAACAAGAAAACUUGUCAAACACGCAGGAGAGGUCACACACAUAAAGAAGAUUUCACAUGCUCAGUUUGUGGUCAAAUGUUUUUAUAUGAGAGUAUUUUGAAUGUACACAUGCAGAAGCACACGGGAGAAAAACCUUUUUGUUGUUCAGUUUGUGAUCAGAGGUUUAUUAAAAAGUCUGAUAUGAAUCGACACAUGCGCACGACACACAGAGGAGAAAAGCCCUUUAGUUGCACAGUUUGUGCAAAAUCGUUCACACAACAGAUAAACAUGGUGGAACACUUGAGAACACACACAGGAGAAAAACCUUUCAAUUGUUCCGUUUGUGGAAAAAGCUUUUCGAUCAAGACCUAUUUGAACAAACACAUGAGAACGCACACAGGAGAAAAACCUUUUAGCUGCACAGUGUGUGAAAAAUGCUUUACUAAUAAAUCCGAUUUGAACAGACACACAAGAGCACACGCGGGCGUAAAACCUUUUACUUGUUCAAUUUGUGGUGACACGUUUGCAGUAAGAGCCUCUUUGGUUGCACACACAUUAGCACACACCGGACAGAAACAUUUUACUUGCUCCGUGUGUGAUAAAAGCUUUUCUAUCAAGACCUAUUUGAAAAAACACAUGAGAACACACACGGGAGGGAAACCCUUUAGUUGCUGUGAUUGCGAUAAAAGCUUUGCUAAUAAGUCUGAUUUGAACAGACACGUGAGAACGCACACAGGUGAGAAACCUUUUGCUUGCUCAGUUUGUGGUAAAAGCUUUUGUUAUAAGUACAGUUUGACUGCACAUUUGCUGACACACAACAGACAAUAGCUUGUUUUUCUGUUUCGUGUCAGAACAGUGGUGUGGAACCUUUUUAUCAUCAGAUGUGAUUUCAGUUUGGGGGCUUUGAUGUGAUGCUGAACUCAAUGAAUUGCACAAAAAUCAAAAUUCUUUCUUGUUACUGAUACUUCUUUUAUGUCAGUGACUGCAGUUGUAAAUACUAUUGAGUAAAUGGGUCCAUAAUAUACGUGACACUCAUUUGACAAGAGUCACAGUGAAAUGAAGGCUGCUUGUUACUGAAUUUUACUAACUAAUUUACCAUGACAAUACUUUUAACAAUUAUUUUUUUCUCCAGCUUCUUUACUUAAUAGGGCAUCCCCCUCUGAUCCACAAUUCUUACACUACUGUAUGAGAUUUCGUCCCAGUGGUAGAAAAAAACUACAUUACUAGUAAAGCAAAACAUUUUGGUUCUACUGGUAAAGUCUGAGAGGUGUAUGACAGCUGCCUUUUAACUAGGCCUAGUACUGUAACUAGUACUGCACAGUAGGUCACAAGUGAGAACAGUUUCAUAGUAUUAUAAAGGCCCGGGCGGCAUGGUGGAGCAGCUGGUAAAGCGUUGGCCUCACAGUUCUGAGGUUCUAGAUUCAAUCCCGGACCCGCCUGUGUGGAGUUUGCAUGUUCUCCCCGUGCCAGCAUGGGUUUCCUCCGGGCACUCCAGUUUUCUCCCACAUCCCCAAAACAUGCAACAUUAAUUGGACACUCUAAAUUGCCCCUAGGUGUGAUUGUGCUCCAGCAGUCCACGUGACCCCCGUGAGGAAAGGCGGCAAAGAAAAUGGAUCGAUAGAUAUGAAGGCCCUAAGGUUGAGAUCAAUAAAAUGCUCAUACAACUUUCUAUCAAUUAGACACGUCAAGACCCACCACAAUCACCUUCAAGUGCCAGGUUUCUCUUGUUUUCAUUAUUUGUUUGUGUUAAUAAAAUCACCUUGCAAGCCA